AUGUUUGACCGCAUCAGGGGCGCGAUAAUCUGUCUCACGAGCUCCGAUGACACGGAGAUACGAAACAAGCUGGACGAAGUCACUUUCCGGCGAGCAGGAAAGGUCGAGAGGCGAGAGAUUCUCGACGCAAUGGGAGCAAGACGUCGGGAACGUCUGCACGAACGUAUUCGGGAAUAUGACAACAAUGAGAAGUACCUCAGAGAACAGCACCGGAAGCAGAAGGAAGAACGAAAAAAGGCUGCUAAGGCCCAAGCUGCUCAAAAGAAGAAUUCUUCUGAGUCUUUCCCGUAUGGGCCGUUUAAAAUGGUGCCCGCGGGUCGGCGUCGUCUCGUCGGCGGGCAAGCAAGCAUCGAACCCGGGAAUGAAAUCAUGACUCAGAGGGAGAAGGACGCAUUGGUUCUGACUUUGAGACCCUUAUUCGAAGGUUCAUGA